UGCGCAGAGCCCCGGGACUCGACCAACCGCAGACCAAUUGCCUCAACCUCCACAUAACGCAAGGUACAGCCUCUAGGAAGCCAGGUGAAGGGAGGGAGACACAAGACAGUGAAGACUGAAACGGUCAGCACUGACAGCUUGGCGUGAGCUGCCUGCCUGAGAUAGCCUGCCUGCAUUUACACCUGCCUUCAUUGCCAGUGAUCCCCUGAAGGCAUGAACAACCGUUCCAUCUCCUGGUGGCUUGGUGAGAUCGGACUGCCCCAGUACACCAAGAUCCUGGAGAGGGGCUACUAUGGGUUAGAGGGCCUGAUGUACGUGACUGAUGCAGACCUAAAAGAAGCUGGGAUUGAGAGCCAGGAGGACAGAGCUACAAUCCUGGACCACCUCAGACUACACCAGGACAGGCUGAAUGGAAGUACAGAAAGUCUCCCCAGCUCCCCAGGCAGAGUGACCCGGAAGCACUCCCUGGGCUCCUCCAUGGACCUGAUCCGGUCCAGCAGUCGCCUCUCCAGUCAGAGCUUAAGCCUGUUCCGGCAGAGUUUCCUGCCUCGCCUGCGCCGCAGAGACAAGACGGCCUUUUCCUCCUGCUCCCAACUGGCUACGCUGGAUGAGGUCUUCUCACCGCCACUGCCUGGACCCCACAGCAAAAGGGACCCCCCUGAGCUUGGACUGUCUUCUACGCUUCCCCCCAGAAGAGGACAGAAGAGUAAGAGGAAGAGCGUGGGCACAUACUUGAGUCAGCUGAAGGUGUUUGGGGGCAAGGGAGGGAUGGACACGGCGAAAGAAGCCCUGAAGAAGGAGCUGGAGGAGGAGCUGAAGCUGAGCACGGAAGAUCUGAGGAGUCACGCGUGGUACCAUGGACAGGUCCACAGAGAGGUGGCCGGAACCCUGGUGGAGAGAGAUGGGGACUUCCUGAUCCGGGACUCCCAGAGCAGCUCGGGCGACUACGUCCUGACCUGCCGGUGGAAGGACCAGCCCAUGCACUUCAAAAUCAUCCGCGUGGUGUUGCGGCCCAAGAAGGGCUAUUCCCGGGAGCUGUUCCAGUUUGAGCAGGACCAGUUCGACAACGUGCCCGCCCUGGUCCGCUUCCAUGUAGGCAGCCGCAAGCCCAUCUCCGAUGCCUCGGGCGCCAUCAUCAGCCACCCUGUCAACCGCACCGUACCCCUGCGCCUCACCAGUGAGCCCCAGGGGCGCAGCACCCCCCAGACGGGAGGAGAGAAGAAGCAGACCUGCCAGGGCCCCUCAUCCAACAGUGUGAAGCGCCUGAGCCUCAACUCCAGCCAGAUGGAGGCCUCACUCCAUAACGGCAGUCUGCUCAGGGAGAAGAGUGGUAGUCACCCUGCCAGCCUGGAGUGUCUGGGCAGGAGACCUUCUCUGCAAUCAGCCCUAUCCGAUAGUAACCUGCGCUCAGGUGUUCCCCAAUCCUCUCAGUCUAACGGCACAGACAGAGAUGGGCCCCCGGUCUCGCCAGUUUUCCGUACAGGUAGUGAACCCCUACUGAACCCCCCUGGAGGAUGCCAUGCCACCCUACAGCCAGAAGGUGGCACUGCUCUGCGGGGCUCUGACGGGCAACUCCAUUCCCGGGCGCCUCCAAAGCCCCUCCGGAUCUCUGUGAUUUUUCCCAACACACUCACCCCACAAUCCUCGGCACCUGCAAAUGACCCCUCCAGCUAUUAUGGGGAGCUAGUACCAAGAGCACCCCCUCCCUCCUCCUCUCGAUGUCACGUGGACCGAUUGAGGGCAGAAGAGAAAUGGCAGAGCCGGGCCCGGAUCACAGAGACUAGCUUUGGGUUCCUGGACUCUGGGGGAUCCUCUCUUUUUGUGGAGGAUCAUGGGAUGAUUGCCGAGGAGGAGGAUCUUGAGGGAGAGCCCCAUUUUGUCCGCCCGGAGAUUGAGACAACCUCUUGCUUCCGGCUUGACCGGUUCCAGUCGCUUCUGCUUCCUGAAAAUAACCGACCCCUGGACCCUGGGGUGAUCAAGAGACUUAAAGAGCUUUUCACCAAGAAUGAUGCCAAGACCACAGCCAUGCACAUUCUCCAUGUGGACUGCAAGGUGGCGCGGAUCACUGGGGUCACAGAUGAGCAGAAAAGGCUGAUGGGAGUGGGUUCGGGCCUGGAGCUGAUCACACUGCCCCACGGGCGACAGCUGAGACUGGAUCUCAUGGAGAGGCAUCACCUUAUCGCCCUGGGCAUUGCCAUCGACAUCCUGGGCUGCACUGGGACCGUCAGCCAGCGCGCCGACGUGCUGCACAAGGUCAUCCAGCUGGCUAACGAGCUCAGACACUCAGCCGGUGACCUCUUUGCUUUCUCUGCCGUCAUGAAGGCCUUGGAGCUGCCCCAGGUGACGCGGCUGGAGAUGACCUGGCGCGACCUGCGAAGGAACCACACGGAAAGCGCCAUUGCCUUCGAGAAGAACCUCAAGCCCUUCUUGAAGGCUCUCAACGAGGGCCAAGUUCCAGAUGAGACGUCUCCAUGCCACACAGCCCUGCCCCACGUGCUGCCACUGCUGAAGCUGAUGGAGGGAGUCGACCUGGGCGAGCACACCGAGCGGGGCUGUGAGCUGCUGCUGAGGACUCUAGAGGUCGCCCGCUCCUUCAGCAUCAAAGCAGAAGCCUACCAGGCCCAGGCUCAGACCCUGCUGUCAGGCUGGGAACCAAUCCCAGAGCUGCUCGAGGCCUUCCACACAGAGUUUGCACUCCGCCUCCUGUGGGGACAGAAGGGCGCGGAGCUGGAGCAGAAGGAGCGCUAUGAGAAGUUCAACAAGAUCCUGAGUGUGCUGUCGGACAAACUGGAGCCAGUGGAGUCAAGCAAACACUAAACACACCCUCCUGCCACAAUGCAGAUCCCAUGGUGUCUGCACAAGCUGCUGGAGCACAUUUCUAACCCACAAUUACAGAGUGGUCCAUUCUGCCACUACAGAGAAUGAUUGCAAUAAUGUUUAUUUUACAUUGUGCCUUUUGUGAUUCACCACCACAAAACACUUUACAUUAUGCACAGGCAUUAUGGAAAACCUGGCUACAGUCCUGAGCGGAGUGGAAAACCUGUGUAGAAGUCUCAAAUUAUUGCCUUCUUAAGACUACCAUUCCUGUCCAGGCAGUACCCAACUCCAGACAGAAAAUACAGAGUCUCACUACUGUGACUGGGAAUCGCAAACAAAAAAUCAAUUUCUUAAUAUUAAAAUAACUUCUUACGCCUGCUAAAUGGUGUUAUUCCAAAUCCCAUGGAUUAAGGAAAGUCUUAAGUGGCAGCAUAGAAGCAGACCUUUCCUAAAGGUAAUGGUUGAGCUCAAAUCACCUUGUAGUUCUUGGCACAUUCCACUGCAGAACAUGCCUGCAACACAAACACCAUCACUGAACUUCCAACUGGACUGGGGAGUUCACUACAGUAGCAUGCACAUAUGUAACACCCAAGUUUCAUUUAUAAAGCACCUCAUCAUUUCAAACCAAAGUCAUAAGGGGCCUUUCUAAUAAACAUUCCAUCUUUUCAAAAUGUAAUGCCUAAAGAUGACAUUUACAGUACAUCUUACCUUCUAAUAAUUGAGAGAAUUACAGAAAAAGUUUAUGUACUGUACAUAGCAGUAGUGCAUAAUUUUAUAGUAUGUUCUGUUUGACCCAAGAGCCAACACAUUUUGUGUACAGUGUCAUGAGAAUGUGGCUGGAGUAUAUUUGUACAUAUCGGCAUUCAAGAAUUCAAGGGCUACGUUCAGACUGCUAUGUACAACUCCAGACUGCACAGGCAAAACAAUUAAGUGUGCCAAACAUUCAUUCUUAAUCUUAAGGCUCACUUCACAUCAAACUCAAUUCAGGAUAAAACUGAAAUCUUGUGCAGGUGAGUGUCAGUGUUUUUUUUUGGUCACUGACGAAAAAGCACAUUAAGGGCAAACUGCCUCUAUUUGUUGAGUACUUGGCUCCACAAAAGGUAAAACGGAAGAC